AUGGAGGUCUCAACAGUUAAUGAUGUAAAAAUCUACAAUCUAAGUGCCGGAAAAAGUCUCCCAGAGGUAAUGAGGCUAUUCAGCGUAUGUUUGUUUUUCGUUUUUUUCGUUUUUUUACAUCGCUGAAAUGGAUUUUUUGAUGUAAAAAAAAGAAAAGAAAAAACGGAAAACAAUCAUUUUUUUUCACAGCCUGAAAAACCCCAUAACUGUUUCAGUUAUACUAAGCUAGGCUCAACUAACUUUUACAGUGGAUGUCUUCGCGUGCUCGGCGGAAAUUGGAGCAAAGAAAUACAGAUGUGCGCCAGAGAAUUCAACUGAUUCAGGAUUUUGAAAUGCCUGACGUGAGCCACACAGUGAACAUCACUCCCGAUGGAAAAUACGUCUGGGCGUCAGGUAACCGACCUUCCUUUUCUUUCCCAGUUUCACAAAGUGAGGCUUUAGGAAACUACAAGCCGUGGCUCAAAUGUUACGAUUUGAACAAUCUGUCCCUGAAAUUCGAAAGAGGUCUAGACGCCGAUGUGAUCAAACUGAUUCCACUGAGCGAUGAUUAUUCAAAGGUACGUUCUUCUUUUCUCGAUAGUUCAUUUCAUUCCUUUUUCAGGUCGUUAUUCUCGAGGAUCAGCGAUGGAUCGAAAUGCACGCGAUGCUCGGAAGAUAUUUUCGAAUGCGAAUGCCUUGCCAUGGUCGCGAUAUGGCUCUGUCCGAAGAGUCCAGUGAUCUCUAUCUUGUCGGCUCAAAGUAAUUUUUUUUAUUGCACAACUCUGGUUUAUUAUUGUGCCUUCAGAAGUGAAAUUUAUCGUCUGAACUUGGAGCAAGGAUGUUGGUUGACUCCUUUCGAGUCGACUGCGCCUUUGAAUUGCGUACAAGUGUGCUCUGAACAUCAACUUAUCAUUUGCGGAAGUACGAGCGGAGUCGUUGAAGCCUGGGAUCACAGAGACAAGUCGAUGUGCGGAACUCUCGAUGCAGGAUCAGCUGUCAACAAUCACAUUGGGUAUGGUGUGAACUCAAAGCAUUUCUCCAAUUUUCUACGGUUGCAGUGAUAAUCAGAAGGUGGCUGUCACGUCGCUCGCCUUCUCCAAUCCUCUUCACAUCGGCGUCGGCACCAGUUCGGGCCAGAUCCUUCUCUACGAUCUCCGUGCCCGUCGCCCGUUGCUUAUCAAAGACCACAACAACGAACUGCCUAUCAAGAAACUUGAUUUCGUGAAAAGAGAUGAUGGAAAUGUGGUCGCUUCGAUGGACAGUCGCAUGAUGAAAAUGUGGUAUGAAGAGGACGGAACACCUAUGGCCGCUAUCGAGAAUACCUGCCCGCUCAACGACUUCUGCCGCUUCCCCAACUCAGGAAUGUAUUUCUUCGCGAAUGAGGCACCGAAAAUGCUCCAGUACUUCAUUCCCCAGUUAGGCCCUGCUCCGAAAUGGUGCUCGUAUCUCGAGAAUCUCACCGAAGAAAUGGAAGAGACUGAGACGGCUGUCUACGAUAACUAUCGAUUCGUUACCAAGAAGCAACUCGACGAUCUUGGCCUUUCCGGACUGAUCGGAACGAACAUUUUGCGUGCCUACAUGCAUGGAUACUUUGUUGAUGCUCGUCUCUACAAUAAGGCACAGACGCAGAUGCAACCAUUCGCUUAUGAGAAGUAUAAAGAGCAAAAGAUCAAGAAUAUAGUAGCAGACGAACGAGAGGAAUCGGCUGUGAAGAAGAAGAAGGAGAAGUUGCCAUCUGUGAACAAGGCACUGGCGGCGAGACUGCGUGACGAGGCGGCGGCAGCUGAUAAGAAGGCGGAGACAAAGAAGGAAAAGAAGAAGAGCAAGAAGUCGGGUGCUGCGUCUUCUAUUCUGGCAGACGACAGAUUCAAAAAGCUGUUUGAGUCGGAAGAUUUCGAGGUCGAUGAAACAAGCGAACAAUUCCUCAAGAAUGCGUCCAUUGCGGCGAAGAUGGCGGCAAAGGGACCUGUUGCAGUGGAAGAAUCGGAAGGAGAAGAAGGAUCGGAAGAGGGAGCGAGUGGAAGUGAGUCUGAAGAAGAAGAAGAAGCAAACGGGGCUGCCUGGCUGGAAGAAGAAAAUAGAGAAGAUGACAUGGCUUCUGACAUAGAAAGCGCUUCUAGUGAUGACGAUGUCGAUGAGUCCAUCAAGAAGAAGAGAGCGAAAGCACGAGCGGUGAAAAUAGCUGAAAGGAACGCGUCGAAAUCGCAAAAGUACGACGAGCGAAAGGAAGCCAAGAAGAUCAGAACGUGAGUUUAUUCAUGUUUAUUCAUUUACAGAGUAAUUUGUUUGUUUCCAGUGAAGAAAGACGAGCCUCGAGACCGACAAAGUUUGUAUUGCAUUCGCUUGGAAGUGGCGAGACCACCAGAAAGUUCAUCGACGAGACUGUUUCAGCUCAAGCAGAUAGUGCCACUGAGGUAAUCCCUCUUUUGCAAGUAGAUUGUCUACUUUGUGCAUCUUACAGGAAUCCAUGGCUCUCGGAGCGAGAAAAGUAGUCGCUGCUCGUCGCGACAAAAAGACCAAGAAGGUACCGUAAUCGCUCAUCCGAAUGCUUGUCUCAUUCUCUGUUUUUAGGUCGAGGACGAUGAUGUUCCAUUCGGCGGACGCGAGAUGACAUUCACCGUUUCAAAGCGAGUCAAGGAUGUCAGAGCGGAGCAAGCGAAGGCGAAGCAGGCGGCUCAUGUGGCCGAAAGGAAAUCGGUCACUCGCCGGCCGAAUGCCCUUGUCACAAAGGGACUCAAGAAGUUGCCCGGCAAUCUGAACGUUGGAAAGCGGCAGAAUACGUACUAG